AAAGAAACUGAUCAAACUUUAUUCUCCAGUGUGGGCCUGGCUAAGUACAGUCAAAAGGAGCAGCAGGUUACCAUGGCAACAGCAGCCUCUCUCCCAGCAUGCAACAGCAGAGCGCCCCUCCCACCCGUGCAGCAGGGUGGAACAGCAGACGGACGGUGUGCAGCCAGGAGAAGUGAUGAUGGAUGGACACUUGCCCCCCCUAGGAGACGGUCCCACCCUUGAAGAGCAGUGCAUGAUGGGGGCUGUGAAGAAACCUGGCAAAGGAGCUGUGAAGUCCAAGUCAGCAGGGGUGACCAGAGCUGCCAGGUUAAUGUCAGCCAAGAGUACAGAGUCAGUAGAUGGAAGCAGUCCAGGAACCUGUUCCCCCACCAGUCGAGUCACAGCUUCAAACAGAGACGUCAAGAAGGUGGCGGUGGUCCGAACCCCCUCCAGGUCUCCUGUCUCUGCUCGGGGCCGGGCGUACCCCCUCCCGUCUCACCCCAUGCCGGACAUCAGUAACGUAAAGUCAAAGAUUGGAUCCACAGAGAACAUCAAACACACUCCUGGGGGGGGCAAGGUUCAGAUCCCUCAUAAGAAGUAGAAUCUUACUAGCAUUGCAUCAAAGUGCGGCUCCAAAGACAACCUCUACCACAAACCAGGAGGAGGGAAGGUGGAGAUUAAAUCAGAGAAGGUCGAUUUUAAAACUGUUCAGUCUAAAGUGGGUUCUCUGGAGAACAUCACUUAUAUGCCAGGAGGAGGGAAAAAUAAGAUUGAGAGUAAGAAACUGAACUUCAGAGAGGGCGCCAAAGCUCGAACCGACCACGGCGCUGACAUCAUCAUCCAGCCCGGCAAUGCUUUCGCCCCCCAAAGCCUUCACGCCGCUGAAGCUCCGCCUCUGGUUGAUGAGGUGAACUAUUUACCUGUUUACAACAAAAGACCUUGACAAACUCACACAUUAGGGAAC